AUGUCUACGGCACCAAGAGAUUUAGUGAAAGAUAUAUUCCUUUGGAGGAAGAAAGAUCUGAGUAUAAUCGUUCUGCUCGUGGCAACGACGAUAUGGGUGCUACUGGAGGUUUAUCAAUUCAACUUCAUCACCGUUGUUUCUUGGGUAGCCAUGGCCAUAGUUACUGCACUGUUUAUAUGGGGUAACAUUCAAAGACUUCUCGGCAAAUAUCCACCAAACCUGUCGGGUUUGGAGAUUACAGAGCAGUCUGCAAUGGAGUUGGCGAAUUCGAUUGGAGAAUUGAUUGAAGAGGGAAUUCGAUUGGUGUUUCGGGUUGGUGCUGAGAGCGAGUGGUAUGUCUUUGCUGGAACUACAGCUGCUUUGUGGGUACUUUCCCAGCUUGGAAGCUACUGUGACCUACUCACAAUUCUCUAUUUGGGGAUUGUGGUGGGUAUGACGGUACCUGCAAUUUAUGUGAAGUACGAAUAUAAGAUAAGGAAAUAUGAGGGGCAAUUUAGGACGAAGUUUCAAAUGUUUUACAAAAUGAUAGAUGAGAAGGUGUUGAUGAAAAUGAAGAAUAUGGUAGGAAGCUUCGCAGGAGAGAAGAAACAGAAAGACAAGAAAAUGGAGUAG